AAGUUGUAAUGAGUCGAGAUUGUGCCACUGCACUCUAGCCUGGGUAACAGAGCAAGACUCCAUCUCAAAAAUAGUAAUAAGUGUUUGUUGAAUGAAUAGAAGAAUAAUGUUUAUUGCAGGCCUAUGGUAUGAAGUACUGUGUGAUAUAAUAGACAAGGUAAUCCUGGCUGCUACCCUCUAAGAGAUCACAAGCUAGUUGGGUAACCAGGACAUAUGUAAGUAAAACUCCCUCCAUUGUUAGUUGAGGAUUUUGCAUUUUACUUCUUUCUGUCAUGUGCGUUGGUUUCAGGUACAUGACUCAGGGCUUGGACAUGUCUGGUGUUUUUAUGGAAAUGGUGAAGGCCAGUGCCACUGUAGAUAUUGUCCAGAAGAAGUUGGUUUAUCUGUACAUGUGCACAUAUGCUCCCCUGAAACCAGAUCUGGCUCUUCUGGCCAUCAAUACGCUGUGCAAAGACUGCUCAGACCCCAAUCCAAUGGUGCGAGGGCUGGCGUUACGGAGCAUGUGUAGCCUCAGGUCAACAGGGGCCGAUGUAUGUCAAAAUUAGUAUUUCCGAAUCUGGCUGACUCCAGGAUGUGUUGCUUAGGAUGCCUGGUGUGCAGGAGUAUAUACAACAGCCUAUUCUCAAUGGUCUGCGGGAUAAGGCUUCGUAUGUCAGGAGAGUGGCAGUCCUUGGAUGUGCCAAGAUGCAUAAUCUUCAUGGAGACUCUGAAGUAGAUGGUGCCCUGGUAAAUGAAUUAUACAGUUUGCUGCGUGACCAGGAUCCAAUUGUAGUUGUGAACUGCUUGAGGUCUCUAGAGGAAAUUCUGAAACUGGAAGGAGGCGUUGUCAUCAAUAAGCCCAUUGCUCACCAUCUCUUAAAUCGAAUGUCAAAACUGGACCAAUGGGGCCAGGCUGAGGUAUUGAACUUUCUGCUACGCUACCAACCCCGCAGUGAGGAAGAACUAUUUGACAUUCUCAAUCUGUUGGAUAGUUUUCUCAAGAGCAGUAGCCCAGGUGUGGUGAUGGGAGCUACCAAACUUUUUCUGAUCUUGGCAAAAAAGUUUCCCCAUGUACAAACCGAUGUCCUUGUGCGGGUCAAGGGACCUUUGCUAGCUGCCUGUUCUUCGGAGAGCCGUGAGCUGUGUUUUGUUGCUCUUUGUCAUGUACGCCAGAUCUUGCAUAGUUUACCAGGUCACUUUAGCAGCCACUACAAAAAGUUUUUUUGCUCCUACUCGGAGCCCCACUACAUCAAACUACAGAAAGUGGAGGUGCUGUGUGAGCUGGUGAACGAUGAGAAUGUGCAGCAGGUGCUAGAGGAGCUUCGAGGGUACUGCACGGAUGUGUCUGCGGACUUUGCACAGGCUGCCAUCUUUGCCAUAGGUGGCAUUGCCAGGACUUACACAGAUCAAUGUGUUCAGAUUCUAACAGAGUUGCUGGGUCUUCGACAAGAGCACAUUACCACAGUGGUGGUGCAGGCUUUCCGAGACCUGGUUUGGUUGUGUCCUCAGUGUACUGAAGCUGUGUGUCAGGCCCUGCCCGGCUGUGAGGAGAACAUUCAAGAUAGUGAGGGGAAGCAAGCACUUAUUUGGCUACUUGGUGUCCACGGGGAAAGAAUUCCUAAUGCUCCUUAUGUGUUAGAGGACUUUGUUGAGAAUGUGAAGUCGGAAACAUUUCCAGCUGUUAAGAUGGAGCUGCUCACUGCUUUGCUGCGCCUUUUCCUCUCUCGACCUGCUGAGUGCCAGGACAUGCUGGGACGUUUGUUGUAUUACUGCAUAGAGGAAGAAAAAGAUAUGGCUGUACGGGACCGAGGUCUCUUCUAUUAUCGCCUCCUCUUAGUUGGCAUUGAUGAAGUUAAGCGGAUUCUGUGUAGCCCUAAAUCUGACCCUACUCUUGGACUUUUGGAGGAUCCAGCAGAAAGACCUGUGAAUAGCUGGGCCUUGGAUUUCAACACACUGGUGCCAGUGUAUGGCAAAGCCCACUGGGCAACUAUCUCUAAAUGCCAGGGGGCAGAGCGUUGUGGCCCAGAGCUUCCUAAAACUUCAUCCUUUGCUGCGUCAGGACCCUUGAUUCCUGAGGAUAACAAGGAGAAGGAACAAGAACUCCCUGAUUCUGGAGCCCUCAUGCUAGUCCCCAAUCGCCAGCUUACUGCUGAUUAUUUUGAGAAAACUUGGCUUAGCCUCAAAGUUGCUCAUCAGCAAGUGUUGCCUUGGCGGGGAGAAUUCCAUCCUGACACCCUCCAGAUGGCUCUUCAAGUAGUGAACAUCCAGACCAUCGCAAUGAGUAGGGCUGGGACUCGGCCAUGGAAAGCAUACCUCAGUGCCCAGGAUGAUACUGGUUGUCUGUUCUUAACAGAACUGCUAUUGGAGCCUGAAAACUCAGAAAUGCAGAUCUCUGUGAAACAAAAUGAAGCAAGAACCGAGACACUGAAUAGUUUUAUUUCUGUAUUAGAAACUGUGAUUGGAACAAUUGAAGAAAUAAAAUCGUAACAGAUUCUUGUUGCUUGUCCAGAGUAAGAUGAAUAACUAUUACAGUUUCUUAGUCUUUCUUUUUAGAGCUGCCAGUAAAUCCAGAUAAUAUCAGAUACAAAGGAGAGUGGAAAAUCUAGAAAUCAGGAUUCUUAAGUUUUUGGCCAAAGAACAUUGAUUCAUUCCUUUCAUUCCUAUUGGCAAUUGACCCCAUUUUUCAAUGAUGAUGUUGUAAAGGUUAAUGUUGGUAAGGGAAUGGGGUAAGGAUGGGAUUUGGAUUAUUUCCUAAUCAAUUUUAGGAAUUGUGUUAGUAAUUAAAGAUGGCUGAUGUGUGGA